AUGAGUGUACAAUCUGGGACGGGACAUGUGGCCAGUGAUCCGUUGAACGACAAGUGCGGCGCAUCUAUGCCGCAAAAAACGGACAUGGAUCCAUCACCUGUUGUUGAAGAUCAACCAGGCGCGUCGGAUCUGGACCUCACCUGGGACUCAGAUCAAGAUUAUGAUGAAUGCGUAUACUACCAUAAUGAAGUGAUCUGUACGCGGAAGAUGUCGACGUUCCGAUGGCGGUACUGCCAGAAGAUCUGGAAGUUCCGACAUCUCUUGAUCGGCAAAGGAAAUGCUCUCCCGCCGGCCGCCCGAGACAUCGAUCUCGGAGGAGCAAGGCCAAUCGCCCAGAAGUGUCGUAAGUUGCGGAUCCGGUUUAGGGAGAAGCUGGCGGACUUGAUCAAGGGUCUAUUAUCUGCCAAGAUGAUCAAUUAUUCUAGAUCACCGUGGGCUUCCCCGAUCGUGGUGAUCAUCAAGAAGAAUGGAAUGAAUAUCAGGUUGGGCAUCGAUUACCGGUUGGUCAACAGUUAA